AGAUGGUACAGAUGAAUCCUUUUCAAACUAUGCUCAGUGGGUGUGUAGCAGCUUAUGUUUUUCACCUCCAUAAUUCUGAGUUCAAAAUCACAUGAACUGCAGAAGGAUGAUAUCAGUGAUGGAAGAAGUAGCUAUAUCAGUCUCACCUCAAAGCACUUUCCUCUAUAAGAGAGAAGGAGAGAAAGGUAGGAGAAGAAUAGAAGAAGAAGAAGGUGGAGAAGAGAGCAGCUUGAUUAAUUGUACUGCUACCAGAGGAUGCAUCCAAAGGGAUCGCAUUGAUCCAAACCUUCUCCUGCUUCCCAUAAUUUGGAUCAUGCUAUCCCUUUGGAUUCCUCCUUCAGUAGCUUCAAGAUGUCAUACAGAAAGCAACCAUAUGCAUGUGAUCGUUUGCCAUGAAACUCACUGGAAAAUGGACUCCAGCAUGAGAGGAAAAACAAUGCAAACAUCUUGAAACCAGUAGGAGUGUCGGCACGCACCAUUAAAGCUCGUGUUUCAACUAUCUGCUACCAGGCUCUCUCCUCUGUCUUAGAGUCCUGAAUCAUUGAAAAUUUGAAACUUCCUGUGAUUUAGAAACUCACAUUGGACAGAAAACCUGCAACAACAAUGGCGGCAUUUUCUAUCCACAGGGACACAUUGUCUCUGUUCCUGUUCAUUUUUCUGGCAAAUCCCACAUUUUCUCUCCCUUCCCAAACCCUAAUCGGUAAUCCAAAUUUCGAUCCUCAGGUCGUUCUCUUCGGUGACGCCAAGCCAGCCAAUGGCGAUUCUCACGUGGUGCUCACAAGCCCAGAUGAUUCAAGUUCUGGUCUUAUUGUUCUAAA